AUGUCUCGCCAGAUCUCCGGCCAACCCUCUCGCCGUCCGGUGAAACCUUUCAUCGUCUCCAAUGCUGCUGCUUCUUCUCCUUCUCUCUCCGGCUCCUCAGAUCAAUAUUUGGACACUGGAGCCCAGAAAAACGAGGAGAUAGUGGCUGAAGCAGAGCAGGAUCCAAUGAACUUAGCUGAUCCAGACAGCUGUUUCUGUGAGUUUCAAGGUGUUCACAUACACCACAAAGUCUUUGAUCCACAGACACUCUCCGACGACGUUCCAAUCACAAGCCAAGAUACUCAAGAAACACAAAAAACAGAGUUCCCUAUGAUUCUGUUACACGGUUUUGGCGCUUCUGUGUUCUCCUGGAACAGAGUCAUGAAGCCUUUAGCUCGUCUUGUCCGUUCGAAAGUUCUCGCCUUUGACAGACCUGCAUUUGGCUUGACUUCUCGGCUUCUCCACCCAUUUAGUAGUACCAAUGAUGCAAAGCCACUGAAUCCAUACUCCAUGGUGUAUUCCGUGCUCACCACGUUGUAUUUCAUCGACUUUCUUGCCACCGAGAAGGCCAUUCUUGUGGGGCACUCUGCAGGAUGUCUUGUAGCUGUAGAUUCUUACUUUGAAGCUCCCGAGCGUGUGGCUGCACUCAUUCUCGUCGCUCCAGCUAUAUUCGCACCUCGUCCUUCGAACACAGCUGGUAGUGAAGAUAACAAAAAGGGUCCCAAGAACAAGUUUCUAGGGAGACUAGUUGAGUUAAGCAAAGUCAUUACAGGAGCAAUUUGGAGAGCUGUAAUGGGAAUGGCCAGUAUGCUGAGUUCUCUCUACAAGAAAGCUUUAUCAGCUUUCUUAAGAUCCUCUCUUGGAGUAAUGCUGGUGAGGAUGGCGAUCAAUAAAUUCGGAGUAACAGCUGUUAGAAACGCUUGGUAUGACUCAAAACAAGUGACGGAUCAUGUCGUUGAGGGUUACACAAAGCCUUUAAAAGCCAAGGGAUGGGACAGAGCUCUUGUGGAAUUCACGGUGGCUACACUAACGGAUACUAGUGGCUCAGAGAAGAAACCUCCAUUGUCGAAGAGGUUACAAGAAAUCAAAUGCCCUGUUCUGAUUAUGACGGGUGACACGGACCGGAUUGUGCCAGCAUGGAACGCGGAGAGGCUGGCACGAGCCAUACCGGGGUCGGUCUUCCACGUGAUUAAGAAAUGUGGUCAUCUUCCACAAGAGGAAAAGCCAGAGGAGUUCUUAUCCGUUGUUGCAAAGUUUCUAGGUGAUGUUUUUGGAGGGUCGCAACAACAAGAACAAGAAAUGGACUUGAAGUUCCAAGGCAUUGCGUCAUGA